GCAUGAGGCCAGAACCAUAGACUGUCUGUAAAAAGGCAGGGACAGACAGCAGGCGUGACUCAGUACCGUACUGUGAUUGGAUUGUUUGUCUGGACGGUGAGCAACGAAGCGAAACAGAGAAAGAUUUUUAACAACAAGACGAGAGGUUAAUGCGGUAACUGACUUCCUUAAUCAUUCUGAGAAGACUAAAAACCAUCCGAGGUGACUGCUGGUGUUGACACUCCCUCUGGCUGCUCUUCUGCACUUUCCAGUCCGACGAGACGAAAUUAAAUCCAAAGAAACAGCCUGUUUUCUCAGCGGACUGACAUGGCGAAUAACCUUGUCGCCAAGUUGUUUCGUCGUCCUGUGUUCACACAGCUUGCGUCUCUCCGGUCCGGCUGCGUGUCCCGGCGGAGGGCGGCAGCGGCGGUGGCGGGGACCAGACAUUUCUCCAGCGACCCUCCACCGGAGAAAAUUAGUCGCUAUCCAGUUCCUUACAAGAAAGACUUACCUUAUGAUAUAGUGGAGCUCAUGGAGGAAGUGGAGUCUAAGGGAGGCUUUUUGCCAAAUGUCUUCAAAGUCCUCUCUCAUAGACCAGCAGAGUUCAGAGCUUUCUUCGCAUAUUACAAUGAACUAAUGAACAAGGAGACAGGCAGAUUAACCAAGGCAGAUCGUGAGCUGAUUGUCGUGGCAACCAGCAUCCACAACAAGUGUCUUUACUGUGUGGUAUCCCACAGUGCACUUCACCGAAUUUACUCUAAGAAACCCACUCUUUCCGAUCAGGUCGUUGUUAACUAUGAGAAUGCAGACCUGGGACCUCGGGAGCGUGCCAUGCUUGACUUUGCGCUGGCCGUGUGUCGCUGCGACGCCAUCACAGAACAGCACUUCCAGUCUUUGGAGGAAGUGGGUUUUGACCGUGAGGAUGCCUGGGACAUCGCUGCCAUUGCCGCCUUCUUUGCCAUGUCCAACCGGCUCGCCCAUCUCACCGACAUGAGGCCAAACCUAGAAUUUUACAAUAUGGGCCGUAUACCACGGGACAAGAGCGAGGACAAGGCAGGGGGAGAGAGCAAGUGAAAGGGGGGUAAUGUAACAGACAAGAUUAUAAGAGGUCAAAGGUCACAUGUGACAAUGUAACAUGUAACAUGUAACAAUAUGUUUCACACUGUAGUUAGAAGUGUCUCAUUUCCGUUUCAUAUUUUUGCUUUCCUUUCGCAUGUGAAAAACCUGAUCUUUUACAGCUUAUGUUGAAAUGAGGCGCAGUAUCAGAUCAACAGGUGUGACACCUGAAAGCAGUUAAAUUUGAACAUGAACACUGCAGUGAGUGUGUCCUGACAUCAUAACUCAGGCACUCCAGCAACUGUACUGACUCAGUGGUGACAUGGAUGACAGAUAGAGACUGACAUGAAAAGAAAGCAAAAUGAGCUCAUUGAUAAUUUAGUAAAUGUUUUAAUCCAAUCAAAAUUCUCAUACUGUAUGUGUAGUUCUCUUAAUGUGAAAACCUACAUGUGAAUGACUCUGGCCUUAAAAAACUGUGAUGAGUCAAAUGAUAAAAAAAGAAGUGCCAGCGGGACUGUCUGAGUUUCUGAGAUGUGUACGUUGCUGUUAACGACAGAUAUUGUUUUAUUCUUGGCAUGUGAUGGGGACAAGUUUAUAUUUUGCAAUUGUACAUUAAACUUAAUGAUUGUACUUCAUGAGAGAAUUUACAAAAUAUCACAGUUGUGCUUUAACUCCCAUAACAAGGGUUUGUUUGUAUAUUAAAACCUAUGAAAAAUAAUCACCUGCGAUUCAGAAUCUCAUGGCAGCUCUUUAUUUCCUUGUUUAGGAAAUAAAUAGAAAGAACUCUU